AACGAUCGCGCAAACCAGCCAGCACGCGGCUGUGUCCUUCUUUCAUUGAAAUAGUUUUUAAAUAGAAUUAAACAACACUCAUAACAGAUAUAGUUUGACACCGCGAUCCUAUUACAAACCUGAAACACUAUUAACCUGUGAUUUUGUGAAUAGAUUCGUGAUAAAUAACGUAUUUGUAACAUAUAAAAAGACGAACUUAGAAACGAUGAUGGCAACACCAAGUCUUGUAACAUCGGCGUGCGUGCUGUCGGUCCUUCUGCUCUGGACAGCUUCCUCAGGAGUGUUCAUCUCGAAUCUGUCGGAGACAUGCUACCGCUGCCUGUGCUACGUAUCGACGGAGUGUAACACCGCGCACGGCUGCACCGGCGGCUACUGUGGACCAUUUAAUAUCUCGCGCGUCUACUGGAUUGAUGCCGGCAAAGUAACGCUGCCUGAGGACGAUCCCGAGAGGAACCAUGCGUGGGAGGACUGCGCUAGAAGUUACAACUGCGCCAAGCAAAUUAUCGAAGGAUAUCUGCAAAAAUAUGGAAAGGACUGCAACGGUGACGGCGUGACGGACUGCUUUGACUAUAUGAUGGUGAACGGCAACGGGGGCUACGGCUGCACCGUGCCACUCAACAAAACGCACAACGGCCGUCGCUGGCUGCGCCGGUACCAGGACUGUCAGCUCAGCAUCAAAGCCUGAUCACCUCUGUUAAUGUAACCAUACCUCCGUACUGUACCUCUGUUGUUAACAUAUAAUUUAAAACCAACGUUAAAUACACUACUAUUAUUUUUUAAU